CUUUACCACGAUACAUCACACAUCCAUCUUCUUCUUCUUCGAGCGAGAGAGAGGGAGUGAUUAGGGAUCGUCGAAGAUGACGGAGGCAAUGAUCAGGAAGAAGCCCGGCAUGGCCAGCGUCAAGGACAUGCCGGUCCUCCAGGACGGCCCUCCGCCGGGAGGAUUCUCGCCGGUGAGGUACGCUCGCCGGAUCCCCAGCAAAGGCCCCUCCGCCGUCGCCAUUUUCCUCACCGCCUUCGGUGCUUUCUCUUGGGGCAUGUACCAGGUCGGCCAGGGCAACAAGAUCCGAAGGGCACUUAAAGAAGAAAAAUAUGCUGCCAGGACAGCUAUACUGCCAGUACUGCAAGCUGAAGAAGAUGAGAGAUUUGUCCAGGAGUGGAAGAAGUAUCUUGAAUACGAGGCUGAAGUAAUGAAGGACGUGCCAGGUUGGAAAGUUGGUGAGAGUGUUUACAACUCCGGGAGAUGGAUGCCCCCAGCAACUGCAGAGCUCCGUCCUGAAGUCUGGUGAUACUUAUUCGCUGCAGUUAGUUCGUGGUCAAUGUUUGAUAUUUGAGUUUUUGUUUCUCUUCAAUCAAGUGUCUGUGGCGCAUGUUUGUGGCCCUGUUCUUGAGAAAUAAAGUGCAGCAGAAACCCUUUUUACAUGUUUCACAAAUGCUUACAACCGUUUCUGGUUAUUGUUAUCAGUGACUCCUCUUUCUCACUACUUCCAACAUAUUCAGAAUUUAAAGAAUAGCAUUGCUAAUGCUUUGUUUC